CUUCCUGCCGCUCCUUCGUCCCUCAGUAGGGUUUAGGAAGGUUCGAGGAUUUUCACACAAAAAAAUGGCGUCGAAAACCUUUCUCAGAAUUGGCACUUCAAUGUUGAAUCGGGUUUCAAACUCAUUUCUUCACCAAGCGCCGUACUCGACUGACAAAAUAGUUUCUCGUGGCGUCGAUAUCACUCCUAAGCUAUUCCCAUGCGUCUCCAAGCUCCCUUGUUCACUCGAGUUGCCCAAAAGCGACCUCAAAUACCUGAGCGAGUUCUCCUCUGGCGGUGUCCUGUAUCCUUGCGGCCUGCCUUCGCUUCGGUUCUUAUUACCUGAUGGGGAUGGUUCAUCAGAAGAGCCAAUGCUCUUAUUUCCAAAAAGGACAUUCCAACCUAGCCUUAUCCGGCGAAAGAGAAAUCAUGGAUUUUUUGCUCGCAAGGCAACCAAGGGUGGCCGAAGAGUCAUUGCUAGAAGAAUUGCCAAGGGCAGAUCAAGGAUUACAGCAUAGUCAUUCUGAUGUUUCCCCCAUGUAGUGGAUCUAUAGAUUUACUUUGAAUUUUCUUGCAUUCCAUGUUAAAGACCCAGCAAGGCAGGGCAAGCUGAAUUAGCUCUGGUGCACUUUUUUGAGUCUCUGGCAUAAGUAAACUGUAAUGUAUUGUAUACUUGAGAAUCUGUCGAUUGCCCAAUGAGCAUGCCAAAAGAUUCUUGAAUCAA